AUCUAGUAAUACCACAACAACUAUCAACCGAAACGACUCGGAUGCUAGCGAAGGAAAAGCAAAUGAGCAAGAAAUGUGUUCACACAAGCAGAACGAAGGCGAUUAUAUAAUGAAUUGCAAAGACUGUAGUAAAUUAUCUGUAGAAGUAGCAGAAAUUAAAUUGGACUUGGCAUUAUUAUUCCUAAAAGUUAAUACUGCUGAAGUUCCCGCUACAUGUGAAUGCAAUCGGCUACGAAGCGAAAAUCAGCUAUUGAAACAAGAAAUUAAAUUACUCAAGGAAACGCUGCACGGCAUGGAAUUGUCAAAAUCGAGAAUUAGCAUCGCUAUCGAUAAUAUGAAUAAUCAACCAACCAUCACUGACAAUGACUCUGUCGUACUAAUUGAUAUAGAAGAAUCUGAAGUUAACGUAAACACUAAUAUGAAUAAUUUACCAUCUGCGACAGACAAUGAGAAACGAUAUAAUACCCGAGGGCCAGUUGUUAAUGACUCUCUUACGAAAUACAGAAAUCCCAAUAAACCAGUCGUCCAAGACUCCCUGACCUCAUUCGACCAUCUCCUGAAAGAAAAGGCCGCCUUAAACGCCAAUAUGCAUCGUCAUAAGAGGAAUCAAAUGCAAAAUUCUCCAACUAACACAACGCAUUUCUCGAAACCUAAUUACCGGCGCAAUCAGGCCGCCUUAAACGCCAACAUGGAUCGUCAUAAGAGGAAUCCAAUGCAUAAUUCCUCAACUAACAGAACGCAUUUCUCGAAACCUAAUUACCGGCGCAAUCAGUUUUCCGAGCCUAAACAUCAAUAUCGUCAAGCAAAUUUUCCCUCGAAGAUUUUUUCGAAGCGGUCGCUAUCGAAGGAUUCCGAAACCAAGAACAACAGCAGACAAUACAGAUACAAGAGCAAGUCAAAUCAACCCGGCAUACAAAGUGAAUCCUUUCCAAUCAAAGUCAGAGUUACAGCUUGGAGAAACGGAGUCCUGGGAAGCUUACCUACAGCUGGUCAAUCGCACCUUGGACCAGUUUGGAACCCUCGUUUAGGCGCAAUCCAACGGACAAGUGAUAAUUAUACAUCUCAGAGAAGUGUAAAUUUUAAUAAUUUAAUUAACAUUAAGACUAAUACAAACCCCACCAUUGGAAAGUCCUCAGUCCCGUCCUUCCUCUUGUCAAAUGUAUGCCAUAUAACAAAUAAGGUAGACGAAUUAGCUGCUGUUGUAUCGAUCUAUGACCCAUCCGUGGUAAUGAUAACUGAAUCUUGGCUAAGUGAUGAUAUCGGUGAUUCCUCGGUUAAGAUCGGUAAUAAAUACAACAUAUUUCGUCGCGAUAGAAAGUCUCCUGGCGGUGGAGUGAUCGCCUACGUGAAUAAUUGUUUACCAGCCGAGCGUAUGACUCACCUCGAAGAAGAAAACAAAGAAGUGAUAUGGUUGUUGUUAAAACCCCCCAGAACCCCUAGACCUUACAGUACAAUCGUUGCCGCUGUUGUGUACUACCCUCCUGGUCAAUCCGCCGAACAAGCAAUCGAUAUGAAUGAAUACUUAACUACUUGUAUAGAUAGUCUCUUGCGCGAACGUCCUUCAUCUGGAAUUGUUAUAGCUGGGGACUUCAAUCAACUAAAAUUAAGAGAACUAUGUAACAUAUUUAAUUUAAAAAGAUCUGUAACUAAACCGACUAGAGGACACAACAUUCUUGAUCAAAUCCUUACAAAUAUGCUCCCUCUCUUUGACACUGUUAGCCAUCUCCCCCCAAUCGGACGCUCCGACCACCAAUGUCUUCUAAUCAAGCCCAUUAAAAGACAGAAAACUCCGGUUACGUCAAAAAAAAUUAGAUUGAUGAAACGAGCAAAUUUAAAUGACCUCUCCCUGAAUAUGGCUUCUGAAGAUUGGACUGCUGUAUAUUCAGCACUGGAUGUGGAUGAGAAAGUAUCAGCUUAUAACUCCAUUAUAAUCAAGAUGCUUGACGAGUUCUUACCAGAAAAAAACCAUCAGAAUACAUCACUCUGA